AUGGCUCGUUAUGACCGAUCAAAUAGCGCAAGACCUUUUUAUCGAGUCAAAGUAGUCAAUGGGAUGUGUUCGACAGCAUCUUCUCAUGCAACUGAAAAUACUCAUUUACUUAAUGUACUUAAUUGGUCACCAUUACAAAGUUUAACCACCAGUAAAUCCAUAAUGACCGAUGGAACAAUAGGCAAAGAUGAAAAUGAAACACGAUCAAAAAAUGCUUAUAAUACUGUUAAAGUAUCUAUUGAAAUACAACAGAAAAUGCUUAGUCUAAAAUCGAUGUUUAUUGAUCCAUCUGGCCGUCUGGUGAACUAUUGUCAAUUACGUACAAGUAAUAUUUAUCAUGAUUUAUGUGAAAUGGCAAAACAUUUAACGACCAUUACUCUUGACAAUGUCACAGAAAAUGAACGUAAAACAUUUUUCAUCAAUGUUUAUAAUUUGUUAACAAUUCAUGGCAUUGUGUCAUUAAAUGAUAGGCCAAAAUCUGUUCUUGAUUUAAAUCAAUUUUGGAAAACAACAUCAUAUCAAAUUGGUCCCCAUCUAUAUUCAUUAGAUGAUAUUGAACAUGGUAUUUUACGAGGUAAUAAACCACAUUCAAACUGUACUCAACGUCAUUUUACAUUCAAUGAUCCUCGUGCAAAGUAUUCUAUGCGUCGUUGUGAUCCACGCAUUCAUUUUGCACUUAACUGUGGUGCACACUCAUGUCCACCAAUUAGUAUUUACUCAUCGAGCAAUAUCGAAAAAGCUUUAAACAUGGCAACAACUUCUUAUUGUAAUUCAGAAAUUGAUAUUAUACUUGAAAAUUGUGAAAUACGUCUAUCAAAACUAUUUCUUUGGUAUAAAAAUGAUUUCGGUCGAUCAGAGAUCGAUGUUUUAAGAUGGUUAACAAAAUAUAUUGAUGAACCAAAACAGUCAUUACUUAGAACAUUACUUGAGCGACAAAAUUCAAAAGAUAAUUUACAUAUCUCAUAUAAAACAUACAAUUGGAUGUUAAAUCAUCAUGAUAGCUUAAUAUCAACUACAGUGGCCGUCAAUCAUUAUCACUAG